AUGGCAGACAUUGCAUCUAGAGGUAUCGAAAUGACAAAGGAAGCAGCAGCUGAAGAAAAGGAAACUGUUACUAUUUUAAUGGAUAACAAAGAGGUGGAAAUUCCAGCACCAGACGAGGAAGAACUUUACCUUGAGAAAUUAGUCUUUGGUGAUGCGGAAGGCUUUGCAAACAACCUGAAGAACGUUGACAAUUUCUAUGAUGACGAUGAUGACUUUGAAGAAGAAGACGGCAACCAGUUUCGGUUUUCGGACUCGGAACCAGAUGAAUUUUUAGAUACAUUGGCUAAUAAACAAGAGUAUGGAUUUGAUGAAUUCGAUAAAGAUAGUGAGGAUGAAGACGGAGAAGAAGAUAAUCAGCUCGAACAACUGAACGACGACCAAUUGUUUUUCAAUGACUCUGAGGCUGAAUCAGAUGCAAUGGACCUUGACGAGCCAGCAGAUGGUUCAGAUGCAGAAGCAGAGGAUUCUGAAGAUGAAGACGUUUGGGAGGAUUCUGAUGAUGAAAAAUUGGUGGUUGAUGUGAAUUCGUUUGACAGGCUCAGAAAGUUACGAGAGACUGAGGAGGAGAGAUUCCUUACAGGCUUGGAGUAUGUGAACCGUUUGAAGAAGCAGUAUAGAUCCACAUUUAAAGUUCCAGAAUGGGCAACACGAGAAUACGAAGAUGAUAUUGAGGAUAAGACGAUGAACAACAGUGAUGACGAAACCACCAGCAACGGCCAAGCCAAUCUAUUAUUUGAUAAGGUUGGACCCCAUGAACAACGUGCUACAGUCACAUCAUCUUCCAAUCCAUUGAUAAAUUUCCUUGCACAGAACCAGACUUACAAUAUAACUAACGAAACUACCAGGUUGCUAAAUCCUGAACGUAUAAACAUUGACAGGCUAGUCGAUGCCAACAUUACUAAAAGAUCCAGAUCUUCCAUCCAGUCACUGUCAUUCCACCCAACACAACCGUUGCUACUUACCGGUGGGUUUGAUCGUACAUUGCGUGUGUACCACAUUGAUGGUAAAACCAACAAUUUAAUCACAUCUUUACACAUGAGACAAUCACCAGUUCAGACAUGUUUAUUCUUGAAAGACCCUGAGACAGGAUUGACUACUAUUUUAUCCGGAGGUAGAAGAAAAUACAUGUUUAAAUGGAGUAUAGAUAUGGGUGUCAUUGAGAAAAUUACUAGGAUGUAUGGUAACGAAAACAAACAACGCUCUUACGAGCAUUUCAAGGCCUCCAGAGAUGGGAAGUUAGUUGCUCUCGCAGGUAAUAGUGGAUGGGUUAACAUCCUAUCGGUUGAGACUGCCCAGUGGAUCCAGGGGUUCAAAAUAGAAGGUACACUUGUUGAUUUUGAAUUUGUCAAUCAUGACAGAUUACUAGUUGUUAACCAGGCUGGUGAAGUUUGGGAAUUCAGCCUUCAGACAUUCUCUAUUAUAAACCGUUGGACGGAUGUCACUGGUAUUGGUAUCACUCGGAUAAGAGCAUCUCCAAAUGGACGAUUCCUUGCCAUUGGUUCCAACACCGGGUUUGUCAAUGUCUAUGACAGAAUGAAAGAUAACAGGCUUCUCAAGUCUAUUUCCAACCUCACCACUACCAUAUCCAGUCUGGAGUUUAGCCAUGACUCUCAGGUGCUCUGCAUUGCAUCCAGAGCUGCUCGUGAUGCGCUAAAACUGGUUCAUAUGCCAUCCUGCAAUGUUUUCAAAAACUGGCCUACCAAUGCUACACCUUUGGGUAAAGUUACGGCUGUAGCUUUUUCUCCCUCCGGGGGGUUCUUGGCGACAGGUAACGAGCAGGGCCGUGUCAGACUCUGGCGUCUACUUGAUCUAUAA